AGACUUGGGGAAGAAAGCGGCAACAAAAACACAGCUGUGAUGGACAUAAUGAUUGCGGUGCAGGAUGCUUGUGUCUCCGGUCAGUGGCUUACUGCGAUAAUUCUCAGCCUGUGCUGCUUUCUACCGUCCUGUUUGCCCGCUGGACAAACUGUGGACUAUUCCUCGGUUGAAAGUGUGGUGAGCAGACAAGGCGACACGGCUCUAUUGAGGUGCUACCUGUUGGAUCGGAUCUCUAAAGCAGCCUGGCUGAACCGCUCCAGUAUCAUUUUUGCAGGGGAGGACAAAUGGUCUGUGGACCCUCGUGUGUCCAUCGUGUCGAGUGUUGGAGACAAACAUGAGUACAGCCUUCAGAUACAGAAAGUGGAUGUAAGUGAUGACGGCCAGUACACGUGCUCCAUUCAGAGCGAGCGCAACCCCCGGCCAAAACUUCUCAACCUCAUUGUAAAAGUUCCUCCCAAGAUAUACGACAUUUCCUCCGACAUCUCGGUGAAUGAGGGCAACAAUGUGUCGCUCAUCUGUGCAGCCAGAGGGAAACCUGAGCCAACCAUUUCCUGGAGGCACAUAACUCCAUUAGCCAGGAAAUAUGACAACGGCGAAUAUCUUAACAUCACUGGCAUCACCAGGGACCAGGCUGGAGACUACGAAUGCAGUGCUCUAAAUGACAUUGCCUCUCCUGACACCAAAACAGUAAAAGUCACAGUCAACUUUCCCCCAUCCAUCCAUGAGAUGAAGAGCCAAGCAGUUGGUCUGGGACGCACAGCUCUGCUGAGGUGUGAGGCUGCUGCGGUGCCUUCUCCGACAUUUGAGUGGUACAAGGGUGAAAAAAGGCUAAACAAGGGUCAGGGCAUUGAUAUCAAAAGCCUCAGCACCAGAUCAAUCCUCACAGUGAACAACAUGACGGAGGAUCGUUACGGGAACUACACAUGUGUCGCCUCCAACAAGCUAGGGACGGUUAAUGAAAGUGUGCCUCUCAUUCCAAUUAUUGAACCCACCACCACUAGUGCUGUCUCAAGCCCAGCACCCAACACUGCACCCUAUGGGAGCACAGGGAGCGCACACAUCCCACUGGCCUGUCGAUACCUGGUCCUGGCUCUCUCCUCGUUCAUAUGUGUGUACUAGCAGAGGCAAGCCCAGACACAAUGACUGUCGAGAGCAUUUAUGAAUCCUUUUUGACGUUGCUGAUGGCUGGAAUCCAAUCUGGUACAGUUUGUUGAGAAGCUGUGGUGGAAAAAUAAUCUGCAUUACUUUGUGUGGGGAUAUACUUUUUAUUUUCUUUUUGUUUUU